CAACGCAAUGCCACGCCACAUCCACUUAAGAACUACAAUUCCCAUCAAGCCCCCGCACGAAGACGACGUCAGUCUUCAUGCUCCGCCCAUUUCUCAGGAGGUCGCGUGACAUUUGAGGACCGCGGUCGCAGCAGGUGCAGAAGCAGUCUAUACCGGGAGAGUGAAAGGAGGACGCCGCCAGGAGGUGUGAGCGUACAGUGUGUCACAGAGUUGUGUUGUCCCCCUGCACGCUACACACUAAGAAUCAUGGCCGAAGGACGAACGGCUACGACGAUUCUGUCCUACGAAACUCUGGUCCACGCCGUGGCAGGCGCGCUGGGUAGUAUGACUGCCAUGACUGUAUUUUAUCCUCUGGACACUGCAAGGAUUCGAUUGCAAGUGGAUGCAAACAGGAAACCCAAGUCUACACCUUCAAUUCUGGCUGAAAUCGCUAAAGAAGAAGGCCUAACUGCACUCUACCGUGGUUGGUUCCCUGUCAUCUCCAGUCUCUGCUGUUCCAACUUUGUCUAUUUCUACACAUUCAACAGUCUUAAGACAGCCUUGGCGAAUGGGAAGGCUGCUUCUCAGCCGGGAAAGGACUUGCUUAUGGGCAUCAUCUCAGGGACAGUUAAUGUGCUUCUCACCACUCCCAUGUGGGUCAUGAACACCCGGCUGAAGUUACAGGGAGCCAAGUUCAGAAGCACAGAGCUUCACCAGACACAUUACGCAGGCAUAUUUGAUGCCUUUAGGCAGAUUGUCAAAAGCGAAGGGGUGAAGGCCCUCUGGAAUGGAGUGCUGCCAUCUCUCAUCUUGGUUUUCAAUCCUGCAGUGCAAUUCAUGUUCUAUGAAGGGAUGAAGCGUCGGGCUGGCAGAGGAAGAAGGAAGAUUUCAUCCGUGGAGAUCUUUCUGAUUGGAGCUGUUGCCAAAGCGAUUGCUGUGACGGCCACCUACCCGCUUCAGACGGUGCAGGCCAUGCUGAGGUUUGGCCAGUACAAAACUGAAGGCAAAACUGGGCUUGUGGCAAGUAUUCAGAGUGUGCUUCAGCUUCUUAAGGAACGACUCAGGAUGCAAGGCAUGCAGGGGCUGUAUAAAGGUCUGGAGGCCAAGUUGCUGCAGACAGUGCUGACUGCUGCCCUAAUGCUCGUGGUUUAUGAGAAGAUCACCGCUGCAACCUUCAAGGUGAUGGGUCUGUCCAGAAAGGUCAAGCAUUGAGUAGUUAAGGAUACAAGCCAUCUCAUUGCCAGACAUGUACCCCACGUGUCAGGAUGUCAGAUCCUGUUCAGCACAUGUCUGAACAGCAACCUGUUUACACUCGGCCAAUUCAGAAUCUCCAGUUAGCCAAUUCAGAACAACUUUGGGAUGUCAGAAGAAAACCAGACUAAACACACCAUUGCCACCCUUGGAGGAAGCAGAAAUCUCCAAAAAAUAAAAGAGACUGAUGUUUCAGCUUGAUGUGGUCAGAGGCAUGUAGGUAUGUUUUAAUUACUGCUUAAAUUUAGAGAGCCCCCUGUAAGGCCAGGCCAGGAUAUGACGAGACAGCGAGUUCACCCAUCAUUCAGUGGUGUCUUAUACUCUGAGAGCAAAGACUGCUGGGACAGGAUUGUUCCAAGAAAAAAAAAAAAAAAAAAAAAAAAGAUGUAGUGUCUACAUGUGCCCUUUUCACCUUUACAGAGGCGCUGACCGUACCCACUGUGAAAAUGUAACAAAAUUGAGUCUUGGGUUCAUUUUGUCGAGAUAAACAGCUGAGAGCCAGAGCUUCAUGUUUUGAGGUAGGAUGCAGUCAGUCAGUCAUUAUCCAACCCGCUAUAUCCUAACACAGGGUCACGGGGGUCUGCUUGAGCCAAUCCCAGCCAACGCAGGGUGCAAGGCAGGAACAAAUCCUGGGCAUGGCACCCACACACCAAGCACACACUAGGGACAAUUUAGGAUCGCCAGUGCACCUAACCUGCAUGUCUUUGGACUGUGGGAGGAAACCCACGCAGACACGGGGAGAACAUGCAAACUCUACGCAGGGAGGACCCGUGAAGCAAACCCAGGUCUCCUUAUGCCAUCGUGCCACCCUAGGUAGGAUGCAAUCAGCUGCUAACUCCUACACACACACAGUUACUGUGACUCUGGUGUUUCUCUUCAGCUCUGCCCCCUGGUGGUGGAGAGUUUUAAUUUCUCUCAUAAUGGUUUACGGUUUAUUGCAGGGGUGGCCAACUCUGACCCUGGAGAGCUGCAGCCAUUAGGUUUUUGUUCCAAGCCAGUUGCUUAAUUAGAAGCCAGUCCCCAAAUAAUAGAUCUUCUUUCAUUUCCUGGCUUGUUAAGUGUUUUAACUCUCCCAUGUCAGUUCAUUCUUAACUCCUAGAUAUGUUUUCCCCCUUUUCUCCAAUGGAUGAGUAAUUAUCAGUUCUUCACUUCCUCUUCACUUUCCUUCCGAGUACUUCAUUAAACCAAAUAGUGAAUGAUGAAUAAAUACACAAGGGUGGAAAUGGAGAACUGCUGGCUCCUUUGUCAUUUGUAUCUUAUGGCUAAAUAAGGAGCAGGUAAAACAAUGAAUACAGCUCUUUAAGACUAAAAUAAGAAAUUAAGGGUUCAAAAUCUUAACAAGCAAGACCACCAAAAUGAAGCAGGAAAAUGUCACUUGAGCA